AUGUUUCAGGCUGCCCCAGUGCCUGUUGCACUGCCUCCAUUCACUGUGGAGAUCACAAAGGGAGGCGAACGUCUUUGCUUCCAUUUGGAACUGGUUGAAAGCGUAGAUGUCCAGGGAGAAUAUGAUUUCCGUGUAGAGGAGUUCUACGUGGCGCCAGCUGUCAAAGACGGCAAUGAAGAUGUCGCUGCGGAAGUUUAUGCCAGCAGUGGAAAAUAUAUUGACCCUGAUUUGCACGAUCUCCUCUUCGUCCGCUAUUUGGAAGAGCGCGGAUUUGACGCGCAGUUCUGCAAGACCUUGGUUGCCUACGCUACACAUUAUGAGCACUCCCAGUACGUAGGUCUGCUUAAUAAGAUCAAAGCGUUUGUAUCAAAAUAA